CAAAGUUAAAGAGAGUCGAUCUACCACCCAACCUUUGGCCGUUGCUCGAAAUCGACCUUCUGCGCUAAACCCCUCCGAGUCUAGCGUCACAUAAUAACCCCUGUCGAAUCCCCGUCGACCGCAACGUCUCUCCAACGGCGGGGUAAAAUUCGCAUCGAGAGCCCCACCAUAAAUUGUCAGAGCAGGCAGGGUGUCUUCGGCUCAGUGGUGGUCUUACAAAUACCAGAUAUCUCGCGCGCAUUCUUGUUUUGCACUUGGAAGCGUGUGGUUCUGUUCCCUUAACUCUCUUCAUUUUCCCAGAUUGUCUACCCAUCGCCCAAUCGCCCCUAUCCGCCCAUCAUGACCGUCUCGGCCCUCCCCACCACCUUUGACCGGCCCGUCCACAUCGCCGUUAUCGGCGGAACCGGCCUCUCCCAAAUCCCAGGCUUCGUCCCCAUCGCCUCCGUAACCCCCACUACCCCCUGGGGCGCCCCCUCCUCCCCCAUCCUCAUCAUCGAGCACUCGGGCGUCCCCAUCGCCUUCCUCGCCCGCCACGGCGCCCACCACCAAAUUGCCCCCCACGAGGUCCCCGCCCGUGCCAACAUCGCCGCCCUCCGCUCCCUCGGCGUCCGCUCCAUCAUCGCCUUCUCCGCCGUCGGCUCCCUCCAAGAGCACAUCAAGCCCAUGGAUUUUGUCGUCCCCGACCAAAUCAUCGACCGCACCAAGGGUAUCCGUCCCUUUACCUUUUUCGAAGGCGGCGUAGUCGGCCACGUCGGCUUCGCCGACCCCUUCGACGCGAAGCUCUCGGCAAUCGUCCAGAAGUGCGCCGCGGCCAUGAAGGGCGACGGGGUGGUUCUCCACAAGGAGGGGACGGUCGUCUGCAUGGAGGGCCCCCAGUUCAGCACCAGGGCCGAGAGCAACAUGUACCGCUCCUGGGGCGGUUCCGUCAUCAACAUGAGCGCGCUUCCCGAGGCCAAGCUCGCGAGGGAGGCCGAGCUGGCCUAUCAGAUGAUCUGCAUGGCUACUGAUUACGACUGCUGGAGGAACACCGAGGGGGAGGAUGUGGAUGUGGCCAUGGUGAUGAAGUAUAUGGCUGCCAACAGCGAGAACGCCAAGCAUCUUGUUGGUGCGGUGCUGGAUGAGCUGUGCAAGCAGGAGAAUAGCGCUUUGGUGCUGGCGAAGCACUGGGAGGGGAGCGCGCAGGGGGCGGUCAAGUUUAUGACCAAGCCUGAGGGGAGGGAUUCCGAGGCGAUGAAGAGGGUCGAAUUUUUGUUUCCGGGUUUUUGGGAGAAUUAAGGGGUGAUGUCAGUAUUUGGGAUAGAUGGGUGGGCAUUUUCUUGUUUCGAGAUAGAAAGCAAGGGCGUUUGAUAGAU